ACUUGGAUAGGCGACCUGUACUUGGCCGUGUUUUGCGUUCCUCCUUUACGCCCUCUCUUCUGAUUGGCUCCCGUUGAAGGCAGGGCCAUAUAAAUACGCUCAAGUUCAUUUCUUCUUUCCUUUUCGUUUUGGGAAGCUCGCACGGCUCUCGGUACCAGCAUGCCUGUCAUCAGAACCCUGUGCAAGGUGGCCAAGCAGGCCCUGCUCAGCACCCCAGGGUGCGGUUGCCAGCCCCUGACAGUGGCUGUACGCAACAUCAGCUUCUCCCCUCGGCAGGUGACUUCUGAUGCCAGCUUCCACUCCGUGUCCUUCUCCGAAACGGACCACCCCAAGGUGCUCAUUACAGGUGGCCUGGGGCAGCUCGGGGUGGGGCUCGCCAAAAUGUUGAGAAAGCGGUUUGGAAAGGACAACGUCAUCCUGUCAGACAUCAGGAAACCUCCAAGAAACGUCUUCCACAGCGGCCCCUUCAUCUACUCCGACAUCUUGGACUACAAGAACCUGCGGGAGAUCGUGGUGAACAACCGCAUCACCUGGCUGGUGCACUACAGCGCUCUGCUCAGCGCUGUCGGAGAGGCCAACGUGGCCCUCGCGCGCUCCGUGAACAUCACCGGGCUCCACAACAUCCUGGACAUCGCGGCGGAGCACGGCCUGCGUCUGUUCGUCCCGAGCACCAUCGGCGCCUUCGGCCCCACUUCCCCCCGCAACCCCACGCCGGACCUCUGCGUGCAGAGGCCCCGCACCAUCUACGGCGUCUCCAAGGUCCACGCCGAGCUGAUGGGCGAGUACUACCACCACCGCUACGGGCUUGACUUCCGCUGCCUCCGUUACCCGGGAAUCAUCUCUGCGGACUCCGUGCCGGGCGGCGGCACAACAGACUACGCCGUCCAGAUUUUCCACGACGCAAUCAAGAGCAGCAAGUUCGAGUGCAACUUGAAGCCCAGCACGCGGCUGCCCAUGAUGUACAUUGACGACUGCUUGCGCGCCACGCUGGAGGUGAUGGAGGCGCCGGCCGACACGCUGAGCAUGAGGACCUACAACAUCAACGCCAUGAGCUUCACCCCCGAGGAACUGGCCCAGGAGCUCCAGAAGCAGAUGCCCGAGCUGCAGGUCACGUACGACAUCGACCACGUACGGCAGGCCAUCGCUGACAGUUGGCCAAUGAACUUCGACGAUUCCAACGCCCGGAAGGACUGGGGCUGGAAGCACGACUACGACCUGCCGGAGCUUGUCCAGACGAUGCUCAACUUCUUUGCCGCCGAGUCGCGGAUGGCCGGAGCCAGCUGAGGCCCCCGGACGUGCGUCCGAGUAUUCUUUGUACAUAGUGUAAAGACUCAGCGGAGGAGAAUAGAGGAGCUUGGCCUGUACAUAGUCGUUGUCUCGCUUCUACUCUGUGAAAUCAGAAGGGCUCUGCAUGCGCGCCCAAAGGUCAGCGCGGUCCAGAUUCUCCGCUCCUGUCCAUCUUCUCACACUGCGCCCCCCCCCCCCCCCCCCCCCGCCCUUGUUUCUCUGCUUUGGGGAGCGAGCGGUUUGUCAGUGGAAGAUUGCCAUCAGGGAUGAAAACAUACAAGAAGAUGACAGACAUGUUGGUGAUCGGCGCAACAUUUUUGCAUUGUUGCAAAAAUCCAUUCAACAAACUCUGAAUGUUGCAUUUUGUGUUUGUUAACGGUUUCCACCCGUUUUUUUUCUCCAAAUCAAAUUUGAAAUGUUUUGUCAAAAUGCUGGUAUUCUGGGCCUAAAGCUCCUGGGUUUAAAAUCUAGUAAGUAUGUGUUGACAGGUGUACGAGUACACAAGUAAUGUGUAUCUAAUAUUUACAAGUAAAUAGGUCCAAUCAACUGUGGAGGGCAAUUUCUGAUGAAGUAAAUCUGUAUUUCAGCAGAAAAGUAUUGUUCUUUUGUCUAUUCGGCGUACGAUUAUUUAUUUUGUCUAUUGAUAAACGUGUGGGAGCUUUCUAAGUGUUCCUGUCCACUUUUAAGAUUUAGCUUUUUAAAUCCACCCUGUGGGAUUAUUUUGACACUGAGGGGAAAUGUGACGCUGUAAGCCACUUUUCACAUUUGGCCGCGUUUGUCGAUUCCUCUAUUGCAACAUUUCUUUGACUGUAAGUGGUUUCCAUUUGAAGUCUGUUCUUCCAAUCACACAACAAGCUUUGACAAUAAAACCUUUUUUCCCACACAC